GCGUGCACGAUUUUUUUCUCGCUUUUCUUCGAUCACGAGGAGAUGUGCGUCGCUGCUGCUUCGUAUAGAGAGAGAGAGAAAUCGAUCGUAGAGCAAACUGUACUAUUUUAAAUCUAUAUUUAACUUACUCGUUCGGGUAAGAAUAUGAAAUCUCUUCUCGUUAAACUGUUUUACAUUAUUGUUCAAUCAUCCGAUUAAUUUACGUUUCUAAUUUCCGAAUUAAUAAAUACAAUAAUCUAUUUUUACUUUACAAGAAAAAAACAUUAUCUUAAAAUCACAUUCGACUAUUUUUUCGAAUUAAUUGUUCAAUUUGAAGCAAUUCAAUUACACAGGGUGUUCAAUUUCAUCCAAUUAUCUAGAUCAAAUUACCUUGCACUGAUCAAUUUUUCUGCUAUGAAACUGGCCAUCAAAAUUGAAAAUGAACGUUGUUUUUUUUUAAUUUUAAAAGUAUCGAUCGUUCAAAAAUGUAUAUUGGCAGUCAAUCUAAGAACACAUUGUUGUUAUUAUAAUUUAGCACCAAUCGGAGCAAUCUAAAAUAAAUACCACAAGACACACCAACACUUGUUUUUUUUUUUAUUUUGCUCUUGCAGUCGUCACAGAAAUAAAAAAAAAAAAAAAAGAAAGAUAGAGGCACCCUGGAUCGUGUCACGUCUGCGCGAUCUACUAUACGCUAUAUGUAUAAGCCCAUUCAAAACAACAACGAGAUAAUGAUAAAUCACGGGCGGCGUGAGAUGCGAUUCUUUCGACGGCUCAAUACCGAGUGCUAAAAAUCUCUUUCCUAUGGUAGCUGCGGCUGCUGCAUUAUUUAGAUGUAGUUCUAUUGUUGUGACCACGGUAGUUUCUUUUUUUUUGCUUCUCUUUUACUCUACGGACUCGAAAAUCAACAAAGGGUCGUCAGCCAGCAGUAGUCGCCGAUGAAUAUUCAAUUUCAAAUGAAUGAUUUAUCAGUAGCUACGAUGGUCACUACUGCAGUAUCGAAAAACAAGCAAAAAUGUCGCAAUGAUAUCGAAUUAACUCGGUUGUUUAUAAAAAUAACGUAACGUAACGUACGAACGUAAACAACACGAGUUUUUUUAAUUACUUGCGCAUGACCGCUGCGACGUCAAGAGUGCACUAGGUCUAUUGUUACUUGCUCUCUCACGUGGUGAACUUGCAUCGACUCGUGACCGAAGAGAAAAAAAAUCACGCAAUAGUUGCACGAGGUACUAGUGUCAUUUAUUUACGUACAUCGCGCGUCUUGAAUUAUGAAAGGCGUGUCGAUUAAAUUCAAAUGCCGAACGGAUCUUUUCCCUUCAUUUUCCAGCGGAGAAAACGAAAUUAGGCGGAAAUAAUAAUCUUCGUCGAUCAAUAAGGGAAAAAAAAUGAUGAAAAAGAUUAUAAAUUGUGUAAUUAAAAAGCAAAAUAGAAUAGAGCAGAACAAAAGGGUUGGGUCGAGGCGCGCAUUCAAGAGCGCGCGCUCGCUCUCGUCCGUAGUGGGGACAAUCGAUUAUAGCUUAUAGAGCCAACACACAAGCAGGAAGAGACGAGAAAAAAGGCGAUGCAGCUACAAAUACACGGACGCACACAUUGACUGCAAGUGGAGCACCUGCACUCAAAAUAAAGAAUUGAAAAAUUUCACAGUCAACCGGUUGAAUCCGAUGCAGUAGGUUACCGCGUCGAAUAGUGCCUGGCCUGUGUCUUUGUUUGUUAUAAAGUUACAUAAAAUAAAAAGAGGGAGAGAGAGAGAGAGAGAGAGAGACGUUGUUAAAAAAAAAGAGAGAAUUUUUGUACUUUUAGCCGUAAUAGUGCCUCGCACGAGUAACAAAACAAAUAGAAUUUUACCGAUUGAUUGUUGAAGAAGUAAUUUUACGAGACUGGUACAUUUGAAAGCGUUGUCACACAGCUAUGAAAUAGAUUGUUCGAGGAGUGUCGAAGAUCCGAAGCCCCCCGCAAGCUAAGCAAGUGAAAAGCGAAUUUUUAUCCCCCCAGAGAGCGAACACCAUGGAGAAUGCUAACAAAUCUCCAAACAGACGCAUGAUCGAGCGCUCGCAGGAGCGCCUGAAAGUCGACAUAACGAGAUUUCUGGACUUUGCCUCGCGAACGAGGACACUGAGCACCGAGGAGCUGGCCAAGCGCAAGGCCAAGAUGAUCGAGUUCCACAAGUCGUUCUUCCAGGCCAACGCGAUGCUCGAGUAUCUGAACGCCAAGGCGGCGGGCGACGACACCGUCGAGCCCGAGGACUUUUUCGAUCAUCGCUCCUGGCUCAUGAUCGAGGCCCUCAUCGAACAGAUAAUGGGACUGCCGCGAUUGAAGCGCAACCUGCCGAGGACGCUGAGCACCUGGUGGGCUCGGGCCCAGGGCUUCGCUUACGGCCUCAUCACGCGGAACUGCGUCAUCGAGCCGUUCCUCGUCUACGCGAUCGCCCAGAAGCUCGACCCGCUCACGUGGGACGACUGGGACAGGCUCUCCAUGCACGACAGAACGCCCUCGUUCGCCAAGCUCGAGGAUUUCUUGAACACGCGGUCGGUCUGCUGCGUGUAACCGGCCCAACUCGCGAUAGUUUAUUUAAGGACGAGGGAGAGCCCGAUCAAGACCCACCAAUCAAAAAACUCCGGGACUUCUCGUAUAUACUUAUUAUAGCUAUUGGAAAUUGUUACGUAAAUUUUAAUUGUGCGUCCGAACGAAGAUAUAUCUUUUAAUUCGCUAAACACUGUGUAAAACGAGAAAAAAAGAAAAAUUGUUUCUCUUUUUGAUUUCAAGAUUUUAUAAAAAAAAAAUACUUACAUAUCGACGCCUCGACACUUGUACACGCGCGCAUAAUUUCAUCAUCGUCAUACUUUUGCGAAAGGCUCGAUAGAAAUCGUAACAUGUAACUUUUUUUCGUUAUCAGAGGCGUUGGUAUGUACUUAAAGUGUUAAUUUCAUUUUUUUACGAAAAAUAAAUUUAUCAAAUCUCAAAAAAUCACAAACUCUAAUUAUUUCAAUUCUAAAAAUGUAUAACAUCAAACAUUCUAGGUAAAUAAAAAAACUACAUUCGAUUCGAAGCUAAUUGAUCAUGAUAAUCAAAUCGGGUAUGAAAAUUGAGCAGUUGCGGCAAAUUACCCGUUGAAAAUUAUUGAAAAUUUUACAUGAAUAAUUCAGAAGGAAUCUAGAAAGAAAUAUUCUGGCAAAUGAACCGUGAAACAAUGCAGCUUGCAAAAUGCACGUGAUGAUUUGGCCAAUGAUUUAUUUUAAGAGAUUCAGAUUGCUUCAAAUAAAAUGUAGGGCAUGUUGGGCUCGGAUACCAGCCUAUAAAUAUGCCGUAAAAAAACUAUGAUCUAUUAUUAACGUAUUAUAAUUAGCAUACCGUUUUUGUUAAAUGAUAAAAUUCUUAUAACAGGUGAAUACAGUUCCUAUAUUAAAGCGAAUUAUUAUUAAUCAAUUUCAAAUAUUCAAAAUAUUUUAAUAUGUUAAAUGCUGUUCAAAAGUAUAUGACAAAAAUUAGCCAUUUUAACUUCAGAGCUUCAAGGUAACUCAUCAAAAAAAAAAGAAAAAAUUAAAAAGAAAGCUUACCUCGAUUAUUUCCAAGUAAAUAUUUACCGAUCUGCAAAAAUUAGCAAAAAGAAAAUUAUGAAAUUUCUUAGUAUAAUAAAUUUAAAUAAAUGUUCAUCCAAAGGUUAAAGCAUUUAUAACAAAAGUCACUUUCAAUCAUUAUUAUACAUAAUCCAAUCAUUAUAAAAAAAUUAUUGUACGUCAUUUCGUUUCGAUAAACUAAUGUCAUUCUAGAUUGUAAUCGUUCAAUUUUUGCCUUCAAUAUAAAUUCAUCGCAAGCUCGAUGCGGUUGUUGUACUCUACUAUUUAAGUUAAAAUUUAAUAAAUAAAAUAUCACUUCAUCAUUCAAAAGUGCGCAUCGUAUCAUGAUUAUUCCAUCCCUAAAUCCCAGUCAAAAUGUCAAAAAAUUCACAUCAUCGAAUCUUUUUCCGCAAAAAAACCAAAG